AUGCACCUCAUCCCCAAGGAGCUCGACAAGCUCGCCGUCUCGCAGUUGGGCUUCCUCGCCCAACGUCGUCUGGCACGUGGUGUGCGAUUGAACCAUGCCGAAGCCGUCGCCCUCAUCUCGUCGAAUCUGCACGAGCUGAUCCGAGAUGGCCUCUAUUCCGUGGCCGAUCUCAUGUCCAUCGGCAAAACCAUGCUCGGUCGCCGACAUGUCCUCCCUUCUGUCCCCUCGACGCUCGUGGAACUGCAGGUCGAAGGAACCUUCCCGACCGGAACCUAUCUGGUGACGGUUCACCAUCCCAUCAGUAGCGAUGAAGGUGAUCUGGAGAAGGCGCUGUAUAGCAGCUUUCUUCCCAUUCCGCCGACCGAUGCGUUCCCGGAGAUCAACCCCGACGAUUUCGAACCCGAGAGGAUGCCCGGCGCGAUUAUACCCGUGAAGGAUGAGCGCAUUACCUUGAACGAGGGACGGACACGCAUCAAGCUGAGGGUGAUGAGUAGGGGUGAUCGGCCCAUUCAGGUCGGCUCGCACUACCAUUUCAUCGAAACGAACCCGCAACUGCAUUUCGACCGCCUCCGCGCCUAUGGCUACCGUCUUGAUAUCCCCGCCGGAACGUCGGUGCGAUUUGAACCCGGCGACACCAAAACCGUCACCCUCGUGCAGAUCGCCGGGAACCAGAUCAUCAAGGGAGGUAAUUUCCUGGCCUCGGGCAAGGUCGAUUUCAGCCGAGCGGAGGAAAUCAUGUCUCGACUGCAGGUCGGAGGUUUCGCUCAUAUUCCCGACCCGACGGUCGAUACCGCGCUCGUUAGUCCCUACACGAUGGACCGGGAAGCCUAUGCGCGAAUGUUCGGGCCGACGACGGGUGAUUUGGUCCGACUGGGAUUGACAAACCUCUGGGUUAGGGUCGAAAAGGACUACGCAUCGUAUGGUGAUGAGUGCAGUUUCGGUGGUGGCAAGAGUCUUCGCGAGGGCAUGGGCCAGUCCUCCGAAAAGUCCUCCGAACACUGCUUGGACACCGUCAUCACGAACGCGCUGAUCAUCGAUUGGACUGGCAUCUACAAGGCGGACAUUGGUAUUAAGCACGGUAUCAUCACUGGCAUUGGUAAAGCUGGCAACCCGGAUAUGAUGGAUGGGGUUCAUCCCGACAUGAUUGUGGGCUCCUCCACGGACGUGGUGGCCGGUGAAAACAAGAUCGUGACCUCGGGUGGUUUCGACACCCACAUCCACUUCAUCUGUCCCCAACAGGCCGACGAGGCGCUCGCUUCCGGAAUCACUACCUUCCUGGGUGGUGGCACCGGGCCGUCGACCGGUACCAACGCGACUACUUGUACCCCGGGACCCACGCACAUGCGACAGAUGAUCCAGGCGUGCGACAGCAUCCCUCUCAACAUUGGUAUUACCGGCAAAGGAAACGAUUGCGGCGGACAAAGCAUUGUGGAGCAGAUCAAGGCCGGAGCUGCCGGUUUGAAGUUGCACGAGGAUUGGGGUUCGACACCUGCCGCCAUCGAUACCUGCCUGGACAUGUGCGAUGAGUAUGACGUGCAGUGCAUGAUUCAUACCGACACCCUGAACGAGUCUGGCUUCGUGGAGCAGACGAUCGCUGCUUUCAAGAACCGCACCAUCCACACGUACCACACCGAGGGAGCCGGUGGUGGCCACGCCCCUGACAUCAUUUCCGUGGUUGAGCAUCCCAACGUGCUUCCCAGUAGUACCAACCCCACCCGGCCCUUCACGAUGAAUACGCUGGAUGAACAUUUGGAUAUGUUGAUGGUGUGCCAUCACCUGUCUAAAAACAUUGCCGAGGAUGUGGCCUUCGCUGAGAGCCGUAUCCGCGCUGAAACCAUCGCUGCCGAGGACGUUCUUCACGACAUUGGAGCCAUCAGUAUGAUGUCUUCCGAUUCUCAGGCCAUGGGCCGCUGCGGCGAGGUUAUCUUGCGGACGUGGAACACCGCCCACAAGAAUAAGGAGCAGCGGGGUCCGCUGAAGGAAGAUGAAGGCACUGGUGCAGACAACUUCCGUGUCAAGCGAUACGUCAGCAAAUAUACCAUCAAUCCUGCCAUCGCCCAGGGCAUGUCGCACCUGACCGGAAGUGUUGAAGUUGGCAAGCUGGCCGAUUUGGUGCUGUGGCAUCCUAGCUCGUUCGGCACCAAGCCCUCUAUGAUCAUGAAGAGUGGAAUGAUUGUAGCGGCACAGAUGGGUGAUCCUAACGGUUCAAUUCCCACCAUCGAACCGGUGAUCAUGCGGCCCCAAUUCGGGGCCAACGUCCCCAGUCUUUCCGUCAUGUGGGUCUCGCAGGCCUCCAUCGACUCCGGCACGGUGCAAUCAUACGGCAUCAAGAAGCGCAUCGAAGCAGUCAAGAACUGCCGAAACGUCGGCAAAGCCGAUAUGAAGCACAACGACGCCAUGCCCAAGAUGCAUGUAGACCCGGAAAGCUACGUCGUCGAAGCGGAUGGCAUGCUCUGCGACGCCCUGCCGGCAGAAACCCUGCCGCUCACGCAGGACUUUUUCGUCUUCUAG